AGCCAAUCCGACCGCGCGACCUCGCCGUGAUCCAAUUCCCAAAUUCGCAUAUCCUCCGCGUUUCGUCGUCGUCGGCGGCGGCGUCGUCGUCCCCGAGCCAAGGCAGAUUUGGGGGGGAAGCUCUGCGGGCCGAUCCAUCCGCGGAGGGUGGCCUCGCGGGUCGCUCGCUUGCCGGCCGGGGUCGUCCGAUCUCGUCUCGGGGGUGGUUGGUUGUGGUGGUGGUGGUUGCCGGAAUCCGCCGAGUUGGAUCUCGAGGGAUAAUCCGUAGCGUUGCGGGCGCCAGGCGAGGUUACGAUGCCUGCGGUGCUCGCCGCGUUCGCCAGCCUCCGCGCGGCCGCCGCCAUCACCUCCGGGGACUCCUCCUUCCCCUGUUCCCAUCGCCUCAAGCCCUCCUCCUCCCAACGUUUUAGUAGUAGUAGUAGUAAUAUUUUUAGUAGUAGUAAUUGUCUUUAACAAUUGCCAUCCCCUCGUCGCCCACGCCCGUCGGUCCUUACUUCGCGUCUCCGAGGUCUCGGGUUCGAUUUGGCCGUGCUCGAUCUGAGGCUUGUUUGGUUUUGGGGUUCCGUGCUCGAUCUCAGCCUAUUCUGGUUGUGUCUGGUUGGCCUCUGGGUUCCCUCCGCGCUUGCGAUCAGAAGGGAUUGGGCUUGUUGGAGGUGGUGAUUGCUGUUACUUCAAGCAAAAGAGAAAAUUCUCUCCUGAAUUUGGAAUUAAGCUUGUGGAUGGGCGGAUCUUUGGUAUCCUCUAGUGCCAAAGGUGUUAGCAGCAGCUCAUGUCUCUGCCACAGCACCUAUGAAAGGGCAGGUUUUGAGCAUAGCUCUUGUGCUUGCUCUGGAGAUGGAAAUGUUGAAGCUGGAAUAGAUUUGGGGCAAGAUGAUUUGGUUGUCGACGAAAUUGGAAUGGCUAUUACUGAUGUGAUGCAUGUAUGCAGUGACGAUGAUGAUGAAGGAACAAAUUCAGGUGAAGACUCUGAAAAUGAGGAUCCACUUUCUCUGGAAUCUGAUUCCACCAAUGAUGUAGUGGAUAUUGACACUGAAUUGGUCGCAUCGCCUAUCUUUCCUAGUUGCAAUACAUCUGAAUCAUCAAUUGACAAAUCAGGCUAUGGAAAUUCUUCCACUAAUGACACUCUAUUGGUUUCUGCACUGAAAGGAAGCCGUGCAAAGCGGGGGAUCGUCACAAAGCUGAGUGUUUCAUGGGCCCCGGAUGUAUAUGAUCCUCCUGUUACUUCUGGGUCGCACACUGUCAAGGGCCAUCAAAGAAGUUCAAGGAAGAGCCACUACAAAUACAAGUCCACCAAGAGCACUAGCAGUCGCAACAGCAGUGGAAGCAAAAAGGACAGGAAAUAUUCUCGCCACAGUAGCAGUAGCAGCAGCAGCAACUACAAAAGAGACAGGAAACCUUCCUACCGCAAUACCAAUGUUGGUGGAGGAAGCGUCGGCGGCAGCAGCAAUAGAAGACCCGAGUCCAGUAAUGUGUACAGCAACAGUAGCGGCAGCGGAAGCAGAAAUGACAUUGCUGUUCCUCAAUGUAGCAGGCUAUCUCCGUUGGUGCCUUCUGAGACUGCAAAAUAUCGUAACGUGUACAGCAGCACAAGCGGCAGCACAACUGACAUAGCUAUUUCUCACCAUAGCAAGGUAUCUCCUUUGGUGCCAUCUGAGGGUCAAUCACUUUCAGGAACCGUUCCUGUGCCGUCUGAGAGUGCAUCACUUGCAGGAACCGUUCCUGUGCUGAAGACAUUGGAACCGAUCAGACGCAGCUCUAGCUGCUGCAAGGAUCAGCCUUUGAGUUUUCUAUCACGCCAAAUCGUGGCUGCAAAGUACAAAGGGAUGUUCUCUCUAUGGAGUCACAACCAACUAGCUUCUUAGUCAUUCGUUAAUACAUCGUCCUACGCGUAAGCUGUUGGUUGUCAGAAAACAUUCACUGUUAUGCCUUAUUGUUACCACGUGGUUUGGUGUCUUAUUCUUUGUUACUGUUUUUUGCUCUUUCUGCAUUUGAACAUCCAAAGAGACUUCCCCGAAAGUUGUCGCUCGAAGUAUGUAUGCGUACUCGAGCUCGUUAUCUUCCCUCAUUUAUUUGUUGAAUCGUCACGAUGGUCGUGUUUUAUCAUAUUUUCUUGAAGCUUUGAACAUCAACAUAUUGGUUUAAUUAUG